UUCAGCCCAGCCCAACUUAUAACCCAACAGCAGGUUCCUUCCUGCCCAUUUGGCAUCCAGUGCUAUUUAGUAACAGGAGAUGAGUUACUGAACGGUUUCCUCUUGUCUCACCAAGUAGCUGUUUGUUGCCCUAAAGUAACUGGAGAAAAGCAUAAACAGCAGGAAACAAGAGGUGCUUUUGUUUUCACCAUAUUCAGGACCCCCUGCUUUUGCUUCCUCAUUUUGAGCAUCAGUAAAGAAGAGGAGAUGAACAUCUUUCCACCUAGGACGCAGGAAAAAUCUGAAGUCCAGAUCACUCAAACUCUCUCAAAGGGUGAACAAGCAGCUGUCGCUUCUAGAAAAGAAACAGUGAAGAAAUGCCUUGCCAAGCUUGGGAUUCCACAUGAUGUGGACAAAAUCCCAAAUAUUGCUGUCCUGGGGUCAGGAGGAGGACUGAGGGCCAUGAUUGCCCUUUAUGGGACACUGGCAGAGCUGAAGAAAUAUGAUCUCCUGGGCUGUAUUAUGUACUUGGCUGGGGUAUCAGGUUCAACCUGGUGCAUGUCAGCUCUCUACAAAAAUGAAGACUGGGCUGAAAAAAUAGAGGCCUUGGAAAAACUUCAGAAGGAAACACUUGUAAAUGGCAAAUGGGAUGUGAAGAAGGCAACAGAAGCUGCACUGGAGGCCUCAAAAGAUGAACAUUACUCUUUGACUGAUUUCUGGUCCUAUUUUAUUGUGUAUAAAAUGCUAAAGGAGCUUGAUGAACGCAACUUGACUGACCACAAGAGAUCAUGUGAGAAUGGUAAAAAUCCUUAUCCCAUCUAUGCAGCUGUGGACAAGCACAGAUACGAAGGAUACCACAUAGGCAGCUGGUUUGAAUUUACCCCACACGAAUCUGGGGCUCCUGGCGUAGGUGGGGGUCAUGGUACAGCAGGAUAUGUCGACACCAAACACUUUGGGAGUCUAUUUAGAAAUGGAGAACUAAGCAAGAAAAAAAAGGAGAAAGAUAUUACCUACCUUCAAGGUUUAUGGGGAAGUGCCCUUGCAAGCGAGCGAGAAAUUAAGAAGGAAAUCCUUGGUGCUUUACUGGAUUUGCUAAAAAAGGACAAAGAAGCUUAUUUUAAAGCCCGUGAAUUGAAUCCAGAGUACCAGGCACUUAGUUUUCUUUGCAAGGCGUAUGAGUAUAUUUUGGAGUUGCAACUGUCUAUAUUAGAUGCUUCAGCAACAGCAGCAAUUGGAUUUUUUGAUCUUUUGGAGAACCUCCUGAAAGUCCAUAGUACCAGCAAAAGCUAUGAGGCGCUGAAAGAGAUGCGUCAGUCCUGGAAGACAGCAGAUGAAAAAGCAAAAGAGGAAGCGUGUUUGAAAUUGUGGGAAGCUUUGCACAAAGAUUUUGGAGGAGUUAUAAAAGUGAUAUCUAUCAGCCCUUUUCAAGCCAUUAAAAACUGGAUCAUGCUCAUCUACAAAACCAAUGUAUGUAUUCUGAAGUGGACUUGGGGAAGCACCGACAACUUCUUUCACAACGACCCUGAUGUUAAAGUCCCAGCGCUAAAAGGGAAAGAUGUCGUGUCUCUGAUUGAUGCUGGCCUGGCAAUAAAUACUGCUUACCCACUUAUUCUCUACCCUGAGAGAAAUGUGAAGCUGAUCCUGUCUUUUGACUACAGUUCUGGGGACCCUUUUCAGACCAUCACAAAAGCUGCUGACUACUGCAAAGUCAAUGGAAUCAAAUUCCCCAAGAUAGAUGAGAAAGAUCAGCAAGAGAAAGACAACCCGCUGGAUUGCUAUAUCUUCAAAGGAGAGGGCCUAACUAUCAUGCAUUUCCCACUAUUCAACAGGGUCAACUGCCCAGGUAAAAUUGAUGAAUACACUUCAACGUUUUCAACCUUCAAGUUGAAGUAUUCGGAUGAAGAAAUUGAAAAGCUACUCACUGCAGCAAAGAUGAAUGUAGCAAAUAAUCAUCAAAAGAUUCUGGAUGAGAUCAAGGAUAUUAUGGGUUCUCCUCAAAGGCCUUAAUCAAACAUUUUUACAGGCCUACUAACUUGUGAAGAGCCUCAAAAAGCUGGCUCUCCUCAUGAGAUUUUGUUUGUCUGGUGAACUUAAAAUCACUUUUGGGUAUUGAUUGGGUGCAAAACUGUAAUGUCUGCAUUAAAUAUAAAAUUUCCUUUUUGAACGUGUGUUUCAAGCAUUGUCUAUUUAUACAUAUGUGAUUCUCUGCUUCAAGAAUGUGGAACUUUGAUCCUCCAGAUGUUGUUUGGACCGCAACUUCCAGCAUACCUGAUCAUUGGUCAUGCAAGCUGAGACUGAUCAGAGUUGGAGUCCAACAACAUCUGGAGGGCCACAGGUUCAUCAUGCCUGUUCUAGAUGGUACCGGUACAGUACUAAUAAUGAAAAAUAUAAUGAUUUUGAUAAAAAUUACAUGCAUAAUACUGUUGACCAAACAAGUUCAUAUUGCAUAUCAUUGUAGAUAUAACACUCUCUGGUUAAUGUGUUAUAUGGAUUAAAUAGAAUGGUGUAGUAUUAAGAGUGAUAUGUAUAAGACAAGAUUCAGAUUAAGUUACUUUUACAGUUGUACCUCCUUUUGCAUCCGCCCCAUUUAGGGUCCAUUUUGUCCAAUGUCCGCAGCAAACCCAGAAGUACCGGAACGGGUUACUUCCGGGUUUGCCCCUCAUGCAUGCACAGAAGCACUAAAUCGCGCUUUGUGCAUGCACAGAAAAGCGCUUUGUCAAGCAUACUUUCGUCAAGCGUCCAGGGCUCUGGAACAGAUCCUGGACACAAAAGGAAGUAUGACUGUAUCUGAGUGCCACUGAAGUUGCAGCCAACUAGUCCCAUUGAUUUCUAUUGGAGAAAAGCACAUAGGGAGCUGUCUAAUUCUGUGUCAAAUCAUUGGCCCAUUUUUGCUCAGUGUUGGCACUGGUUGUCCAAGAUUUCAGACCAGGAGCUCUCCCAGCCCUUCCUGGAACUGUCAGAGAUUUAACCUGCAGGCAACGUGGAUGCUCUUCCACCCCCCAAUUAAAUCUAUCAUAAAUAAGUGAUAUACAAGGAAAGCUUUGCAAAGGAAACCAAUCUCACUGGUCUCCACAGCUUCUCAAGAAAAUAAGCCCUCUCUGAAAGAGAAGAAAUCCAGUCAAAGUAUGACUAAAACGAAGAAACAAAAUAAGAUCACUGUAAUGAAUGUAAUAUGUAGAAUGUAAUGAAUCUAAUAAAGAUAGCACCUAAAUGUU